AAGGUGGUAUGGAGAAGAACCAGUCCAAAUCAACUAUCAGUAAUAUAAUAGGCUAUGAUUCACAGGUGAAAAUAUAAAGUGAAGGUGGUGAAGGCGGAAGGAUAUGCUCAUUAGAAAAGCACGAGGGGUAUAUUUAAUUUAAUGUAUCAGAUUCAAGUGUGACAUCACAUGAAGUUUGAGGCCUAUCACUUUGUAGACCAUUUAGCAUCUUUGUGCUGAAUACCCAUGGGGAGGAAGAGACAGGAUGUGCUCACAGUCUCCCUGGUCUACUAUUGAGUCCUCUGUCCGAAUAUGAAUCUUAUGGUUCGAUGAAGUCAGCCAACCCUGUUGAUCUGCCUCAGGCUGUAGCGUGCACGUGCCACAUCGAUGGUGAAACUCUCUUAUCAGACAUAAAUCCUACUAAAUAACAAUCUAUCGCAACACCCUUUCCGGUUUCAUAUGAACAAGAACAACUCCUCAAGGAAUCUAUGAUGGAUCUCGUCGCAAGCAUCCGCAAAGAAGGUAGCCGCGGCGGUCGCGGCGACUUUAAAUGGUCCGAUGUCAAAGACUCUUCGCACCGUGAGAACUAUCUUGGCCAUUCUGUGAUGGCCCCUGUUGGCCGCUGGCAACAGGGUCGCGACUUGAUGUGGUACACAAGGGCAGACGAUAGUGAAGAAGAUAGGAUUAGAAAAGAACGCGAAGAGAAACAACGUGUCAAGGAAGCUGAAGAAGAAGCCAUGGCCCGAGCUUUGGGUCUGCCAGUUCCGGAGAAGCGCGCUAGUUCUAACGCCAAUCUUACGCCAUUGGGCGAUAAAGACGUCCAGAAAGCAGUCCGGGAUACGACCGCGGGAGAAGACCUAGCGAUCGACGAAGCGGGCAAAGGAAUCGGGUACGGAUCUUUUCGUGGGGGCGCUGCCUCUCUGUCCGGCACUGUUGAGGAUGAUAAACUUGAGCCUGUCGGACUGGAUCCCCACUCUGCAGACAAGCGGAGGCAGGGCAGUGAUCGUAGCAGGAAUCCAGCGAAAGACAAGAGGCGAGAUCGUUUGAGUGAUAGAAACAGAGACAGAGAUAGGGAACACAGACACCGUAGGCAUCGUGAUGAGCGCGAACAUCGUCACAGGAGUCAUCGGCAUAGGUCUCGGUCUCGGUCGCGAGAUCGCCGAAGGAGGCGAUCGCACUCACGGUCAAGAAGCAGAGACAGAAGGGGUAACGACGAAGACAGGAGACGCCGAGACGACCAUCGUCAUACCCGGGAUAGAGAUUCAGACUACCAUCGUCGGCGUUGAGUUCAGUCUUCGGAAAUUUGCUUUGUCUACAUACGGAGUUGGGGCGUUCGUGGAGAAACGAUAGUGUACAAGUAGUAUUCCCUAACCUAACGCGUGCGCUACGCAGCGACUGUUGCUGUUCUAUAGCUCAUCAUGCCCCUUGCUCUCAGUCGCAGGAAGAUCG